UUGCUGAUACCAAAAGCAGUUCAAUACAUACAUCAGUGACUGUUACAUACAUACAAACUAUAUAUAGUAUAUAAAGCAUAUAAAGCAUAUCAUAUUCGAUACGAUAAGGUUAUAAUCAUGUAUAGGGAAAUUUAUUCUAACUGAUUUUAACUGAAGGAAGCGAUAUAUAUUUUUACUAUCUAAAGAGACUAAUGAUUAGGCAUUUUUAUACACGUUGACUUGCGCGUACUCAUACUUGUUAGAUAGUAUAUAUAGGAAGUGCUGUGGGUCAGACACAUGAAUGUAAUACAUGUGAUACUGUCGAGUUGACAGUUUAAUUAAUUAAAUAAAAAACGUUAACUAUCUUUAGUGCACAUGCUAGCGAUCGAUCGUUUGAAAUAUUGUAAAGUAAUUUAUUUUUUGUUCAAACGCAUGUUUUAUAAUGAUUUGAAAAAACAUAAUUUUUUAUUGAUUCAACGUUUAGUCACGCUCAUAUUUUAAGGUUAAAAGUCAUAACAGUAUUAGUAAUAGUAAUUAGUUGCUGGUGCAGAUUGGCUAAUGCAGCUUGACAAUGGUGCGAAGAAAAGUAGAUCGAAAAACAAGCAAUGCUUCUAAUAUGGGUAUUACCAAUAAUGUAAAGAAUUUUGAUGGCAAUUUUAUUUACACGGAUAGCAGAAGCACAAUGAGUGCUACUACAGUGGUACCAGUUUCACAACUUAAACAUAAACAAUUUAAAGGCUUAUUAAAAGAACAUCUGCCCAUUUCAGGAAAAAGGACAAACAUGGUAUAUGAUAAUAGUGAACUAGGAAAUAUCAUGUUGGAAAAUACCACUGCCAUUCGACGUGUAAAGGAUUCAGCUCCUGUUAAUGGUGCUCAACAAAAUAUUGAACAGAAAAAGUUAUCUGCACCAUUUUCAGAAGAGCCAAAUAAUUUAAAUAAUGAAUCUCAUAUAGAUUCAGAAAGUUUAACAUUAUGGCAGCAUCCAAUUACUACACUAAACUACUUUUUCCGAGAACUUUUUAGUAAUGUAUUCAGCUUAGGAAGAAAAGCAUUACAUCACAGAAGAAUAGUAUGGAGUAUAGUAUCAAUAACUGUAUUGAUUCUGAUAUUAAACAGAAUUUCUGGUCCACAUCAACAGGUUUUAAGAGCAUGGGAGACAAAAAUAAUUUGGUGGCUGUAUUGGAUAGGUUUAGGUGUUCUUUCUAGUGUAGGUCUUGGUACAGGCUUACACACUUUUGUACUUUAUCUAGGACCACAUAUAGCAGCUGUUACUAUGGCUGCAUAUGAAUGUGGUGCUCUUAACUUUCCUGAACCACCAUAUCCUGAUCAAAUAAUAUGUCCAACAACAAUUGAUCCAAUGUGGACUGCAGGAAUAUUAAAUAUUAUGAGAAAAGUACGUAUAGAAGCUAUGCUUUGGGGUGCUGGUACUGCACUUGGUGAAUUACCACCAUAUUUUAUGGCGAGAGCUGCUCGAACUAGCAGGCACAAUAAUAGAGAUGAAAAGUUUGAUCAGGAAGAUUUAAAAGAAUUAGAAGCUUUAGAGGCUUUAGAAAAUGGCGAAAAUGUAUCGCUACUAAUACGUAUAAAACUGACUAUGAAGCAUUUUGUACAGAAAGCAGGUUUUUGGGGAAUUCUUGCUUGUGCUUCAAUUCCUAAUCCAUUGUUUGAUCUUGCUGGUUUAACAUGUGGUCAUUAUUUAAUUCCUUUUUGGACAUUCUUCGGUGCUACACUCAUAGGAAAAGCUAUUAUAAAAAUGCAUAUUCAGCAACUUGCAGUGAUUAUAGCUUUCAAUGAAGAACUUCUAGAUAAAUUUAUCAAAUUAUUAGCAAUUGUACCAUACGUUGGUUCAAAGUUUCAGGAACCAUUGAAAAAAUAUCUUAUUGAACAGAAAAAGAAGUUACAUGAUAAAACAUCAAUGGAUGGAACAACAACAAUUUCAUGGUUGUUUGAUAAAUUUGUAAUGUUAAUGGUAUGUUACUUUUUGGUAACAAUUAUCCAUGCAUUAGCAAGAAAUUAUCACCGUAAACGAACCAAACGUACGGAUUAAAUAUCAGUAUAUACAGCAAAUGUAAUGUAAAUGUAAAAUUCAUUAUAAAACAACGUACAGAUGAAAAUUGCUAUUACAGCGCAAUAUAAUUAAGGUAUCUUGAAUAAUAAUGUGGUCGAUUUUUGAGGUGCACAAUACUACUUUUGCAAUAUGAAUAAAUCGUAAAUACUGAAGUAAGAAAAAAAUUUAAUUUUUAUUUUAAAUUCUAAUUUUCUAGAAUGCUUCAGAAACAUUGGAAUUAUCUUCAUAUUUAUAGAUAUGUAUGUAUAUAAAUAUGUACAUACAUAUAUUAGGGAAGAUUUAUAUGCAUUGUGUAACAUAAUACGAGCAUUUUACUUUUUCGUAAUAUUAUUAAAGAUAUUACAAUUUAUAACUUCAGAAUUGUUUAUAGAAUUUGUAUUGUUAAUAGCAUCGAUAAUUUUGCUUAGAGUACAGUUUAAAAGACACAAAUUUGCGUGCUUUUUAUAAAAAAAAUCAUACGGAUAAUUAUUUUAGGUAUCCGUGAUAGUUAUGAAAUACAUACUUGUCAGCACUUUAUGUGAAUGAAAUGAAAAAAAAAAAAA